AUGGAGAAGAAGAGGCAGAACUCCGAAGAUUACAUCAAAUAUGGAUUUACAGACUUAACCAUCAAUGGAAUAAAUAAACCACAAUGUGUUCUGUGCAAUGUUGUGUUAAGCGUGGAGGCUAUGAAACCAUCAAAGUUGAAACGGCAUUUGGUUACGCACCAUGCGGAGCAUAGCGCUAAAGAUAUGUCAUUUUUCCGUCGUUAUGAAGCUGGUAUUAAACGGCGAAGACUGAAUUCUUCGGGUACCAUCCAAUUGCAGAGUAAUGCAGUAUUGCAGGCCUCAUAUGAGACUGCCUUUGAAAUUGCGAGGAACAAGAAACCUCAUACGAUCGGUGAAACUCUCAUCAACCCACGAUGCUGA